AUGCCGCCCAGCAAGAAGCGCAAGAUGGACGACGACGUACCCAAAUUUUACGCCGUCCGCAGUGGCCAUGAGCCCGGCGUCUAUUUGACCUGGCCAGAAUGCCAGGAACAGAUUUCCGGCUUCAAAGGCGCACAAUUCAAAAAAUUCGACAACGAGGAAGAUGCCAACGACUUCGUGGCAGGCAGGCCAGUAAAGAACACUGCUCCCGAUCCCAAGAAGCCACCCAAGUUCUACGCAGUGGCCAUUGGUCGCGCACCCGGUAUCUAUAGUGAAUGGACCGAGGUACAGAAAGCGAUCAAGGAUUGGAAAGGCGUCAAGCAACAGAGCUUCAAGACACGUGCCGAGGCGGUCCAGUACAUUCAAAUAUACGGCGACGAAGCCGGCCAAAAGUCCAUCGAGAAUGAAGUGUCGAUUGAGCCUCCGUCCAAGAAGAGCAAGACGAGCAAAACAAACAAGCCCAUCGCGGACAGCGUCUUGCACAUUUACACAGACGGCAGUAGCCGAGGAAACGGCAGGACUGGGGCCGCAGCAGGAGUGGGAGUCUUCUUUGGGGAGAAUGACCCAAGGAAUAUCUCUGAGCGCCUCCGGGGCGAGCCGCAAACAAAUCAACGUGCUGAGUUGACUGCCAUCUUGCGCGCACUGCAGAGGGUCUCGGUGGACCAAGAUAUCCAGAUACAUACCGACAGCAAGUACUCCCUCAACUGCAUUACCGAGUGGUACAGAGGCUGGGUGACCAAGGGCUGGAAAACGCAAGGUGGAGAAGACGUGAAGAACAAGGAUCUAGUCCAGGCCAUCAGAGCCAAGAUUGACGAUCGUGAUGCUUCGGGAACAAAGACCUUGUUCCAGUGGGUGAGGGGCCAUGGAAUCACGACUGGAAAUGUCGAGGCCGACAAGCUCGCGGUUAGAGGCUCUGGGUUUGCAGCGGUUGACUAG